UGUAAGUGUUAACCAUGGGCUCAGAUCAUCAUGACCAAUUAAAAUGCAGCAUUAUGUUUCAUGUAUUUGAAAAUUUUUGUUUAGUGAACGUCAAUACAAACGUUAACGAAUAUCGAGAAAUCACGGCAUUGUAUUUAAAUUUUGCCAACAAUACUUUACUCAGAAAUUGAAUAAAGCAAUAUGAAGUAUACAGAAGAAGACUUAAAGGGAAUGAAAAGAGCAGAUUUGCAAAAACUAUGCAAGAACAUUGGCAUCAAAGCUAACAUGAAGACUGGUAAACUUCUUGAAGAAAUUAUGAAGUAUUGUAAUGAAGAGAAAGAAAACAGUAAAAAGGAAAAUUUCAUGUGCAUUGAGGGCUGUGUGGAUGUUGCAACCAAAAGCACAGACAUACCUUCAUAUUUUCAACAAGAUGAAGUGAAAAAACAGAAAAUUAUGACUGCUAGAAGCAAAAUACCAAGACGUACCAAACAAAGUGUGAGAAAUGCAGAACAAAUCAAAGCACCAGCAAAAACACCACUGGCCUUAGUUGAAAAGAGGAAGAACAAACGGCCUACCACACCAAGAGAUUGGGCGAAGAUUUGUCAACAGAAAUUUGAAAAAAUGGAUUCGUUGGACGUCUAUUUAUCCAAGAAACAACAACCGGCAAAGGAUUUGUUUCAUUCUGGGAAAAAGGUCAACGUAGUGAAGCCAUUAGUGGACGUCGACGUCCCAGCAAAACCGAGCGAAGUGGGGUUGUGGAAAAAGAGGCUAGCGUUCAACAUUUCGUCAACAUCGAAUGAGAAGACUGUGAGAACUCCGUCCACAAGAAAGGGAUGCAACAAAUCAAAUCAAAUUUGCGACAAACCAGCUACCCCUUUCAGAUUCACUUCGAAUGCGUUGCCACUUGCUACAUCAACUCCUCGUAAGAAAUUUGACUUACAAGCAAGCCUUUCAAAACCCCUUAACUACACACCAUACACAGGUAAACUACCAGCCCUGUCUCAUGGAAAACAAAUUCCCGAGGUCAAGAGUAGGAAACCAGUUACUCACAAACAAGAUAUGAAAGCGGUUAAAAUCUCGACAAGCCGAAGUCUACGUCUUUCAAGACAACGAAACGCGCAAAGUCAAGCUCGACAGUCAGCUCUGAGCAGAAGAAGAGAUUUGAACAACUAAGAGGAAGAGCCAGAAUGUGUGUCCUAGGCAUUUUUUCUUUGUAUAUAAUACAAUUAACUUUAAAUUCAUAUAUUGUUGAUUACAUUGCGGCUUUUAUCUUUCUUUAUGAUUCCACAAAUCAAUUUUUUUCUCAAUUCAAACUUUGAGAAUACAUUUCGUUUAGUUUCCUUUCGUAAA